AUGGAUAGAGAAUCAUACCCACUCUCCCCAUUCGACCACCUAUCACCACGCGUCCACGUCCCCAAACUCCUCUAUUUUUCCUCCAAUUCAGAUCCUCAAACCAUCGUUCAAACACUCAAAGAUGCACUGUCCAAAACGAUAUCAGCAUUCCCUGUAAUUGCAGGAUCAGUUGGCUUGUCCAAAGAACCGCAUUGUCAGAAAGGUUCGCUUGCGGUGCAAGGUCCUUAUUUCGGCGUCAACGACAUCCUCUCUGUGAAGGAUUUGAGCUCCAAAUACGAUUUUGAGAGUAUCCGAGCCAAUGAAUUUCCGACAGAUGCAGUAGAUGCAGAUGUACUACCGAACCUUGCAGGAAACAAUAAUCAAGUCCUCCUUGCACAGGCGAAUAUCAUUCAUGGGGGCCUUGUGCUCGUCUGUGCAGUGCAUCAUUGUGUGAUGGAUGAAGGGGGCAUGUUCAACUUGUUGAACUUGUGGUCUAUAUUUUGUCGAGGGGGAGAUGGUGAUGAAUUGGUGAAUAAAAAAUGGGUAGAUAACUCUGCUUUAUUGCAAGGGGGUGGUACGGGCAGAUUGGAAGACCAUCCAGAAUAUCAAUUACUACCAGAAGCUGCGUCUACCACACCGUAUCUUUCGCAUUCUUCAGAUGUGGUGGAUACAGGUUUAUUUUUCUUUUCGGACGAUUCAUUACAGCGUCUGAAAGAGCUGGCCAAUGAGGGCUCAGAUGAUGAAUCUUGGGUCUCUACAAAUGAUGCCUUGGUAGCACUUGUUUGGUCCAGUAUAACAUCGGCACGGAUAGCUACUUCAGACUCUGCUGAGCCUUCUACGCUAUCGGUAUUUGCUAUGACGGUUAACGGACGAAAUCGUCUUCUACCACCUAUGUCUCCCAAUUUCACCGGGAACGUCGUCUUGAUUUCCAAAUCCUUCAGCAGAUUCUCGGAUCUGUCAUCCAAAUCAUCAAAUCCUACUCAUCUGGGGACCAUUGCACGCACAGUCCGACAAUCAGUCCGGGAAGUUGACAACGCGAAAGUUAAAGACGUAAUAAAAGCAAUACAAAAUGUGACAGAUCUUGCAAGACUACAACCAAGUGGAUAUGAGUCUCACCAACGCAAUGUUGGAUGCUCGUCUUGGUCUGGACAGCCCUAUUACAGUCAGGAUUGGGGACGAAAGUUGGGCGGAAAAUGUCGAAGAUUUAGGUGGAGAAGUUUGAAGACUGAUGGGAUUUUUAUUAUCUUUCCGAGAAUUCCUAAGGAUGAAGGCGAGAAACUUGGAACGGGGGGUUUGGAAAUCUGUAUGGGGUUGCGGAGAGAAUGUUUGGCAGCGUUGAAAGAGGAUAAGUUUUUUGGGCAAUUUGCAGAGUGGAGAUGCUGUUGA